AACGUUUUGAUAUAAUGUGAUUUAUUUUAUUUAUUCAGUAUCAACUAUCAGUAGUUAGGAAUCUUUUUAUUCGAUUGUGCUAAAAUAAGUUAACAUUAAAAAUAGUUUAAACAAUGAUAGUAUGUUGUUGAAAUUAUGUGCGGUUGCCAUGGAUUUUACGGAACAAGCGCCAGAUCCUGACUUUGUUCCCACGAAUAUUUGUAGAGUUUGCUUAAAAAGAGUGCUAAAAGCUACAUCUUUAUUUUUAGAAAGUCCAGAAUCAACAAUUAUUCGAGAAAAGCUGUAUUCUUGUUUCCAAUUAACUUUAACUUUAAAAAAAUAUUUACCUUCAGCUAUUUGUGAUGAUUGUCUAGAGGAGUUGAAUAUUGCAUAUAAUUUUCGACAGAAAUGUAUUACCAUUGAAGAGCGCUACACUGCUCUGUUACAAGUAACUGUUAACAAUUUAGACAAUGAUAACAUUGAUGAACCUCUAGACCUCAAGGAGGAUAUUAUAUCUGAAAAAGUAGAGAUAAAGGAUCAUUUUAAGGACAAAUUCCCAGGGAAUGAUAUCAAUUAUAAUGGGGAUAAAAAUAGUUUCCUGUGUACUCUCUGUAAUAAGACACUCAAAAGUGAAGUGUCGCUAGCCAAGCACAAUGUCUCUAUGCACCAAAAGAGAAAACAUUUGGGCAAAGUGACAGGUUUUGGGUCAGAACGACGCUAUCAUUGUACCAAAUGUAAUUAUUGCACUCCUCACAGCCAGACCUUGGUGAAUCACAUGAGGAGACACAACGGAGAGAGACCUUACUGCUGUCCCUGCGGCAAGAGCUUUACUCAAGCAUCAAGUCUAAAUGCACACAGAAAGAUACAUAGUAACACCACAUAUUUCACUUGUACCAUUUGUGGUAAACAGUUCAAACAUGCAUUUACACUGAAGAGGCAUCUCAAUGUGCAUGGAGCCGAAAAGUUUUUAUGUGACAUCUGUAAUAAGCAAUUGAAGUCCAGGCAAUCUCUGCAAGAACACAUGUGCAGACAUUACAAUAUUCACAAUUACAAUUGCGAGGACUGCGGGGAUACAUUUGUAACACAGUCUGAACUAUUGAAUCAUAAAAAGAAGCAUGGUAUUUUAAAGAAAAUAGAGUGUCAUCUCUGUGGUUAUAAAACUAAUACAAAAACUUCUUUAAUUAUACAUUUAAAAAGACAUGCUGGCGAUAAAUCUUUUAAGUGCAGUCAAUGUCGAAUAUCAUUCUACACCAAUGGUGAUUUACGACGACACGAGCGUGUACACACGAGAGAUAAGCUGUACCCUUGUCCAACCUGCGCUCAGAAGUUUGCUCACAGCACCAGUCUUAACAAACAUAUGAACACUGUACAUGGAGUCAAAUACAAGUGGGCAGAUGUCAAACGGAAGGACUCUAAACCUGAACAGAUUUCACCCAAGUUCCCUUAUGGGUAGAGUCCCAUUGUCUAACUGAAUACUUUACGCACAGCACCAGUCUUUACAAACAAAUUUUUUUUUAUAGCAAAGAAUGUUUUUUAUUAUAUGACCCAUACCCUCGAACUAGCUGGGAAAGACUGUGCCAGGAAUGGGUACAGCAUUAGACCAACGGUGGGGAUAGAACCACCACCCCUCAAUGACUCCAACCGCUCUUACCAUUAAGCUAUUGAAGCUUUUUUGUUUAUAUUUUAUAUGUACAUGGAGUCAAAUAGUAAGAUAAGAUAAAUAUACUUUAUUUGCACACCACAAAGACAAAAACAAGUGAAAUAAAAAACAAAUUAGGAAGAGAUCAGCAUACAAAAGGCGGCCUUAUCGCUAAGUAGCGAUUUCUUCCAGGCAACCUUCGGUUUAGGAAAACUUAAGGACAUCAGCAGGUGGCGUAAAACAAAAAUAACCAUAGUAUUAGUAAUACACAUACAUACAAAUAAUUUACAUCCUAAUACAUAAACAAUAUUACACAAAUACCUACAAUAUUGAAUAAAAUACAUAUCAAAAUAUACUAAUAAAUACCUUAUAUUGAAAAAAAUAAUAUAUACAGAUCGACUUUACUGCACCAGAUAAUGAGACUUUACCGCAUUUUUAAAAAUGUCCAGUGUCUUUGAUUGCCGUAUAUUUAAAGGGAGAGCAUUCCAUAACUUAACGGCUUGCACAACGAAAGAAUGUUUAUAAAAUUUCGUCUUAUGCACGGGUAAACAUAGAGUUAGUAAUCGACACUGUCUCAGUUCAGACUGCACUCCCUGAAACGUAAAUUUCUCCUUCAGAUACACAGGAGAUUUUGGAUUAAACAACACACAGUACAAAAGUGAAAGUACAUGCAGAUCCCGGCGACGACGAAUAGGGAGCCACUUGAGCUUCUGACGGAAUUCAGAAAUAUGGUCAUAUUUGCGUAGGCUAAAUAUGAACCGAAUAGCAAGAUUUUGAAGUCGCUCAAGUUUAUUGAGUUGGUCCUCAGUUAUAUUUAGAUAGCUCGCGUCCGCAUAAUCUAAAACCGAAAGAAGAAGAGAAUGUGCUAACAUAACUUUAGUAGGAAUUGGUAAAAAUGAUCUUAAACGUCUCAGUGAGCCAAAAGUAGCAAACAUCUUUUUACUUAACUCUUUGACAUGCACGCACCACGACAACUGGUUAUCAAGAUGUACCCCAAGAUCUUUAACUGUGUCACAAAAAGGAAUAGUGGUACCAUUAUACAAAACUGGCCGGAGAUCUACCCAAUCAACUCUUGAGAUGAGGGCAGGACUACCAAUAAUAAUGGCCUUAGAUUUUAGGGGAUUUACCUUGAGCCCAUACUGUCUGCUCCAGAUAUCAAUUGCGCUAAGGUCACAGUUUAUAGCAGAGACAGUUAAAUUUAGGUUCUCAAGAGAUGAUGAGCGGUAUAUUUGGAUAUCAUCUGCAUACAUAUGGUAAAGAGAAGUUAUAUUUUGAGUGAUCGAAUUAAUGAAGAUAGAGAAAAGUAAUGGAGAUAACACGCCACCCUGAGGUACCCCUGCCGUAACAUCGCACCAAGAUGAAAAGACGUCAUCAACCCGAAUGCGCUGCUUACGGCCUUUGAGGUAGCUCUGAAACCAGUCUAUAACCGAUGGAGAUAUGUUAAUAGAGCGUAAUAGACUCAACAAAAUGUCAUAGUCUACAGAAUUAAAAGCAUUACUGAAAUCAAGCAGAACUAGUACAGUGAGUUGUCUAUUAUCCAUCGCCCAACGAAUAUCGUCAGUAACUUUAGUCAAAGCGGUAACCGUACCAUGACCAGGACGAAAACCAGAUUGUAAUGGACUUAAAAGUAAAUUUCGGUUUAAGAAUACGGAUAACUGAUGGAAGACAAGUUUUUCAAGGACUUUAGAAAGGAACGGCAAAAUAGAAAUUGGACGGAAGUCAGAAAACGUUGUGGAACUAAUUUUUUUAGGAAGAGGAAUAAUUUGUGCAUUCUUCCAAGCCUGUGGAAAUUCACUGGAAUAAAUGGAAUAGUUGAGGAUAUGUGUAAGAACUGGGGAAAUAAUAUCAAUGAUAGGAAUAAUCAUAUUACGGCUUACGCUAUCAGAUCCAACGGCAUUCGAAGCGAUAGACAAAACACUCUUCUUAACAUCACAUUCGGUAAAAGAUUCGAAAGUAAACGGAAGAAAAUCUGGUGUUGGUAUAGAAGAAAGAGUGCUAAGAAUGGACUCCUUUUCAGUACUUUCAAUUGUAUCGGAAGUAGAAAAAUGUUUAUUGAGAAGUUCUAAAUCAAUAUUUAUAGGAUUGUUCGAAGAUGAUUUUCCAACUCCAAGUGUAUUAAGAAAUUUCCAAGUUUUAGCGGUGUCACUAUUUUGUACAGAUUUAUAAAUGUGGCGUCGUUGAGCAUCUCUACACAAUGUAUUGCAGCGAUUCCGGGCUUUGUGAUAUUUUAGACGAUUAAUAUCGGAGUCCUUCGUUUUGUACUUUUGCUUAGCUGUAUUCUUUUUAUGCAUUAACAAUUUAAUUUCCUCCGAUAGCCAAGGAGCAGGCAAGUGCUUCAUUUUGACAGGUUUUACUGGUGCAUGCAUAUCGUAUAGUUGAGUAAUCAAAGUAUUAAAAAUGUCCACUUUAUGAUCGAGAGUGUCUGCACUUGUAAUGGCAGUCCAAUCUAAAUUAUUUGCGUCCUCGCAAAGGCGACCUUUAUCAAUCCCUGCAAAGUUACGCUGCAGAAGAAUUUUUGAUUUAGCUUUAGGAGGACGUAUUUUAUAGGAGAGAUAGAUCAAAUCAUGAUAAGAAAAAGAGUUGGCAGGACAUUGACCGUGCUUAAAAACGAAAUCAGGAGAUGAGACAAUAAUGACAUCUAGAAGUGAAGGAAUACAACCAGGAGAGUAAUGUGUAGCAGCAAGAGGCAGGACAGAUAAAUUACAAGAAUCAAGAAUAGAUAAAAACUUCUUGCUACGAUAGUCAUCCUUUUGUAAACAUGUAUUGAAGUCACCUAAAAUAAUAGAAUGACUAUACAGAGGAAUUAAAUUUUCCAAUAAAAUUUCAAAAGAGUGAAAGUAAUUAGGUAUAGAAGGGGGACAGUAAAAUACUCCAAGAAGAAUUUUAAUAUGUGAAAGUUCGACUUCCAGUAAUAAAUGCUCAGCUGCAUCAGGUAAAGGAGGUUGAGUAGACGAACUAACAAUAGAAAAAGGAAUGUAAGAUCGUAAGUAGAUCGCUACUCCACCCCCUCCCUUACCCACACGAUCAUUACGGAUAAGCCUAUAACCGGGCAGUGAGUAGGAAGUUGAGGGUAAACAGGUUUUCAGCCAAGAUUCUGAAAUUAAAAUGGCAUGAAUAUUACGGGACUCAAAAGACGCAAGCAUAUCUGGAAAAUGAGCCGGGAUACUUUGCGCAUUUAAAUGGACAACAUUAAAGUUUUUCAGACAAUCUGAGAAGUAAGAAUCAAGGGUAACAUUAAGCGGAAGUAAAGAUGUACUGUGGAAGCUAUCAUCACUGGAGCUAGACGACAUAGACAAAUAAAGGUCACUAUCAAUACUGCUAAUCGACAUUAUAAUAUUUAAAUAUAUUUAAAUAUAAAUAUAUAUUAUUUUAAAUUAUAAUAUAAUAAAAUAUAUAAUAAUUAAAAUUAAGUAUAAAAAUUAAACUUAUGUAAUUACAAAAAAAAAAAUCGCAAAAACUAUGUACCUCUUAUUUCCCAAACCGCCAGCUACCCAAAAUAACAAUCGAUAUAAAAACAAUUAUUACACAGAACAAACAGAGAAGAGAAAAAGUUAUAAAAAAAAACAUAUAAACAAACAUGCUUAAAAUUAAAAAACUUAGAAAUAAAAUUUAACUAAUUUUACAAAAAAAAAAAAAAAGUUUAAGUAAAAUUAUAAACAUGCAUAAAAUAAAAAGAAAAACAAUAUAACUAAUUUUAGUUAAAAACAUACAUUCUUUUAUUUUACAUGCUAAAUAACAAUACGCUUUAUGAUAAAUGUGAUGCUAACUAUGUUAAGGAGGAAUUCAUAAUCUGUAACGCACAUUUAUAAAGAGAGAUACAAUCUCUGUCUAUGGUCGGAUUAUGACAAUGGUGUCGUGCGGUGUUUACAAUUUAUUCAAUAGUCAUUGACAUACGAAAUAUCUAUUAGUCUGUGGUCAUUGACAUUUGUUAAACAUCAAUGUCUAAUGUCAAAUGUCAUUUGUCAUUUGUCAAUCCGAAAUUCAAAAUAAAAAUAUAUAAAUUCGUAUUACCUUGCUGAAGAUUAAUUCUGAAGACACAAACAAAAAGAAAAAUGAUUAUUAACUUUUGAGACAAGCACCACACACCGUUUUAUGUUAUAAACAUAACUAAUUUAAAAUAAUGCACAUUAGUGACUAGUGAAAGAAGAGAAAAUAAUGGUCAAUUGAAACUAUCUCCUAGCCACUCUCUUAACUUUGGGAAUAGCCGCUCUAGAGUCCUUUGGAGCCUCAGACACAGUGGCUAACGGAAUUGCAGCAGCAGAAAGGUCCUGCGAAGGCGCCGGGAUAGCAUUUAAUUCCGCUAAAGAUGAUAUCCGAUGUCGCUUACCCGCUGCGUCAAGUACCAUGAUGUUGCCAUCUCUGGUCCAACACUUCGUGACACCGAAUUUCUGACGAGCCGCAAGGAAGGUCGUAUGCCGACUUUUGAUGAGAAACUCGGACACAGUCACCCCUGAGCCCUUCAGUUUUGUCUUAGCGGACCACACAGCAUCCUUCAGAGCCCAGUUGUUAAAUUUGACAAGUAUUGCCCGGGGCUUGUCGUUGCCCUGAUGUCCCAAACGAUGGCAGCGACUGAGUGAUCCUGAUGAUAGCUCAGGGAGCUUAAGAGGACCAGUCAGCACCUUACAAACUGUAGUAGCAGGGUCCUCUUUAUCGGCCUCUGGAAUUCCAUGUACGAGUAGAAUUUUUCUUCUGGAUCUCAUUUCAAGUUCAUCCUGCUGCCUUGCCAGAAGCCCCACCUGCAGUUGCAGGUUCUCAAGCGCCGUCAAAACAAAAGUUCUGAACGAGGCAAACUGAGCAUUUAAGUUGGACGUCGGACUUGUGGCCGGGAUGGCCCCCCUCAACUCCUUUUGAAACUCAGCCAUACGGCUGUUAAAAUGCUCACUUAUGUCAUUAAUACUUUUUUUUAAGGAUUCCAUAGUGAAAACAGUGAACUUUAAUAGUGCAAAAGUGAGGUUAUAUACACACGGUCACUAAGUUGAAUAAAAAUCUGUGCAAAUAUAUGAGACAGGAGCUGGUAGGUUUAGUAAUGCUUAAUAGUACAUAAGAGUAAACUAAAAAUUAACUUUACUAAUUUUUUAACAUAAAAAUAAAGAGAGAUUCAAAUUGUCAACUACUUUGUUUUACUACCCACAGUGAAAAAGCAUAGCAGUGAAAUAGUAGUGGGUAAAUGCCAAACAAAAAAAUUACCUGAGCUGGGGAAAGAUUUCACCCAAGUUCCCUUUGUGGUAUGGGUAGAGUACCUUAUACUUCUUCUACUCAGAAGUUUUCACCACUGGCAACUUGGCAACCACCAAAAAAAAUCGAAGGAAAAUCCUAAAUAGGACAAGAUUUAACUUUAGUUUUCAUAUGGGUAAAAAAUAAUAAAAGAUUGAUCGUUA